AGUGUUCCAAUUAAUUUUCAACAAAAACAAAUACUACUCAGCUUUUAUGCUCAUCGUCAACUAGAAAAUGUUCCUCUUCCUGUUCUAACCCAAAACGAUCUCUUUCUUUAUCUAUCCAUCUGAGCUCCAAUGGGGAGCAGCUCCGACGAAAACGACAAACCCAUAUCCCUAUACGGCACGUCGUCGCCGUCCCAACAACCCCUCCUCUCCAAGCCACCUCAUCUCGACGACUCUCCUCCUCCGCCGCUGCCGCCGCCGCCGUCGUACUACGACCGCCGCCGCGAAUCCGACGCUUCCCAGUACCUCCAGAUCUCCUACAAUUACGGCCCCAGACCCUUCAAGGACCUCCCUUUCCUCAUCCUUUUCCUCGUCUUCGUCCUCUCCACCUUCGGCUUCGGCAUCUUCGCCGUCUUCCACCGCAACGCAAACUACUCCAACCUCUCUUCCUUCGUUUAUGACUCCAAUUCCACUUCUUGCGUCGAACACAAAAACCAACUUUCCUCUUCUUCCAAUUGGGUUUUCUUCUUCUUCUCUUCUUCUUCCCCCGUUCUCAAGGAUCUGAUAUGGACGCUCGUAAUUACGCUCGUUCUCAGCUUACCCAUUUGCUUACUCUUCCUCUUGGCUCUCAAGCGUUACACCAAACACAUCGUCUACGCUUCUCUUCCUUUCUUCAUCCUCAUCCCCAUCUUCUUCAACGUCUACUGGUUCGUCGCCUGCACGCUCAGCUCCUCUUGCAGCGACGCCUUCCCGUUGGUCUACCGAAUUUUGGUUUUGAUUUUUGUGUUCUUGGUAAAUGGGGUUAUUGUUUGGAUCUUCGUGGCCAAUUGGCAUCGGAUUGAGCUCACCGUGAGCAUAAUUGGGGUGGCCUCGAACGCGCUUUUGAAGAACUUGGGAUUGUUCUUCGUUUUGCCCUUUUUGAGUCUGUGCUUGAUCGUUUAUUACGCGCCGAUCGUGGUGUUCUUGGUGUUUGCGAGGUCGAACGGGAAGAUUGUGGCGCGGGAAUCGAGCGGGGAGUACAGUUGUGACUGGAAAGAAGAUGGUUGGGUGCCGGCUUACUAUGCGCUGGCGAUUCUAACCAUGCUUUGGUCGGCGGCUGCAAUGGUGGAAGCGCAGGUGUUUGUGAUCAGUGGGACUAUUGCGCAGUGGUACUUCACGAAGGAGGAUUCGGCUCCUCGGCGGAGUACCAGAAGCUCUUUGAGACAUGCCUUUGGCCCCUCCUCCGGCACUAUAUGUCUUUCGGGCUUACUUAUCUUUGUUGUUCGAGUGGUGCGUUCCAUUGUUGAUACCGCAAGACAAGGGGACAUUUCCGGCUUUGUGAGCCUUGCACUACGUUGCUGUGUUAAUGCCUUACUGUCAGCUAUUGACUUUCUUAACAAGUUCACAAUCAACUUUGCUGCAAUAACUGGAGAAGCUUAUUGCUUAUCUGCACGGAUGACAUUUGAGCUUCUAAAACGGAAUCUCCUUUCUGCUGUUUUCGUGGAAACCAUCUCCACUCGUCUGCUGGCUGGCAUUGCCUUCGUAGUUUCAGCAAUAUAUGCAAUUGCGACUUGGGCAAUCUUAAAGGGUGUAAGCGAUGUCGGGUCUGAUUCAUACUUCGUGGCUGCACUGGCGUGGUUGCUGCUGAUCUUGGUGUUAUGGUACUUUGUGCAUGUGCUGGACAAUGUGGUUGACACCGUGUACGUGUGCUAUGCCAUAGAUAGAGACAGGGGAGAGGUCUAUAAACAGGAAGUUCACGAGGUUUACGUUUACCUGCCAAUUAGCAGAAACCAUGGAUCAUCUCCAAUCACCGGUGUAUGAUAAACAGUGGUUGAACUCUGCAAUUAUUUGUCGUUGUUGUUGUUGGCCUGUGUUUGUUCCCUGUAUGAAACUCAGUAUUGUUUAUUGACGGAUUGUGCAUAAGUCAGCGAGUUUGCCCAUGUAAAGUUUGAGGUUUUAUCAAUAAAGAUAGAAAUUAUUUG